AUGGAAAAGUUCCGGGUGCUUCUCCAGCACUUUCAGUCCAGCUCGGAGUCAGUGAUGAACGGCAUCUGCCUGCUGCUGGCCGCGGUCACUGUCAAGCUGUACUCCUCCUUCGACUUCAACUGCCCCUGCCUGGCACGCUACAAUGCCCUCUAUGGCCUGGGCCUGCUGCUCACACCCCCACUCGCCCUUUUCCUCUGUGGCCUCCUUGCCAACCGGCAGUCCAUGGUGAUGGUUGAGGAGUGGCGCCGGCCCGCCGGGCACCGGAGGAAGGACCCAGGCAUCAUCAGGUAUAUGUGCUCCUCUGUGCUGCAGAGAGCGCUGGCUGCGCCCCUCGUCUGGAUCCUACUGGCCCUCCUCGACGGGAAGUGUUUUGUGUGUGCCUUCAGCAGCUCCGUGGACCCUGAUAAGUUUCUGGACUUUGCCAACAUGACCCCCAGCCAGGUGCAGCUCUUCCUGGCCAAGGUGCCCUGCAAGGAGGAUGGGCUGGUCAGGGACAGUCCCGCGAGAAAGGCAGUAUCUCGCUACCUACGGUGCCUGUCACAGGCCAUCGGCUGGAGUAUCACCCUGCUACUGAUCAUCCUGGCUUUCCUGGCCCGCUGCCUGAGGCCUUGCUUCGACCAGACAGUCUUCCUGCAGCGCCGAUACUGGAGCAACUACGUGGACCUGGAGCAGAAGCUCUUCGACGAAACAUGCUGCGAGCAUGCGCGGGACUUUGCGCACCGCUGCGUGCUGCACUUCUUUGCCAGCAUGCAGAGCGAAAUGCGGGCACGGGGGCUGCGCCGGGACACCGCGGACAGGGACCCUGAGCCCCCCGAGAUGCCCAAGCCCCCCGAUGGCCUGGACGGCGGCGGAAGCGGGAAGGGCCACCUGCGCGCCGUUUCCAGCCGGGAGCAGGUAGACCGCCUCCUACGCACCUGGUACUCCAGCAAACCGCCCCUCGACCUCGUGGCAUCCCCUGGGCUCUGGGGGGGUGGCCUCAACCACCGCGCCCCCACGGUGGCCCCAGGCACCAGGCUGUCCCAGCACACUGACGUGUAGGGACCCCAGCGGUGUCCCGACGUGAAGUGCUCGCAUUGAAGACGGUCUGGGGGAUUUCCAGGCUGUGCUGACCCCAAGGCAGGGCAACCUAACCCUUGCUGGCCUCCUUCUCCCUAACAGCCCAAUCUCUGGCCUAGUUUCAGGGUGUGGCCUCCCGUGUGCUCUAAAGCAGUGCUUCACAAACUUCAAUGAGCUCACUGUUCCCCUGGGCUCUUGUUAAAUGCAGAUUCUGAUUCCUUGCAUCCA